CACCCCCAUGGCAGGAGCCUUGGUUUCCCUCCUUGAUCUGCCAAGACGGAGCCAGUGUGAGGUUGGUGGAGCCCAACUCAGAUUACAGCUGCCCCCCCCCCCCCCACCUCCUUCCCUUCUCUGUCUCUUGAGCCAGGGGUGGCCUCUUCCCCUCCCCCAGGACCCCCUCCCGGGCCACUGGUCUCCCCCUCUCUCGGUGAGGCUGCUCCACAGUUCCCCAGACUGGUGGCUGCACCUCCCUCUCCCCGCCCCACCCCCAUUCCCCUUUCACUGCCCCGGCCAGCCCCUGGGAGCCACAGAGGGCUGUUUGGGAACAAGCCUGAGGAGGCUGGGGAGGGGCCGGGAACCACAUGGACUGAUUCAUUCAGAAGCAGGAGAUGCCCCGGGUCCCGUCCUGCCUCCUUAGCCCUGUCUCGGGAACUCUGGCCCACCGCCUCUCCCCCAUGGAUCUUAGAGAAGUCCGAGCCUCGAGCCGGGGAGGACCCAGCGUCUAGGGCACGACGGGGCUUCAGGUAGAUCCAGGGGACAGCCAGGAGGCGGUGAUCCGCGGACGAGGAGUCCGAGCCCCGAAGGAGAGGGGCAGCGCGGCCGCCGGGGCAGGAGCGAGUGAGGGAGCGCAGGGGAGGAGAGAGGCUCCAAGGAGCGAGCUGUCCGGCACGAGUUGUAGGAGGGAAGCCGAACGUGCCCGGGGCCCCCACAGUGUGGAUGCCUGCAGGGAGAGGGGAACCAGGGAGCCCGAGGCGCCGGGGGCUGGGGGUGGGGGUGAGGCCCAGGCUGCAGUCCUCAUGCCGGCCCUGCUGCUGAUCCUGACCCUGCUUUCAGGGCUGGCGGAUGGAGCCAGCCUCCAGCCGGAACCCAUGAGCCACCUAGGUGUGUGCCCCAACCAGCUCAACCCCAACCUGUGGGUGGAUGCCCAGAGCACCUGCGAGAGGGAAUGCCAUGUGGAUCAGGACUGCGGUGGUUUUGAAAAGUGCUGCACCAACGUGUGUGGACUGCGGAGCUGUGUGGCCGCUCGCUUUGCAGACGGGAGCUCGGCUGCCCAGGCGCCGGCCGCCACCUGCGAAAGCUUUGUGUGCCCCCAGCAGGGCUCCGACUGCGACAUCUGGGACGGCCAGCCCGUGUGCAAGUGCCGGGACCGGUGUGAGAAAGAGCCCAAUUUCACCUGCGCUUCAGACGGCCUCACGUACUACAACCGCUGCUACAUGGACGCUGAGGCUUGUCUCCGGGGUCUCCGGCUCAGCGUGGUCCCCUGCAAGUACGUCUUCAGCUGGCCCCACACCAGCCCCGGACCCCCCGAGACGACGGCGCCCCCCACCCCCGGGGCAGCCCCCGACGUGCCCAUCCCGCCAGCCCUCUACAGUAACCCCUUCCACCAGUCAGUCUAUGCAGGGGGCACGGCCAGCUUCCACUGCGACGUUAGUGGCCGCCCGCCCCCCGACAUCACCUGGGAGAAGCAGAGUGACCAGCGGGAGAACUUCAUCAUGCGGCCCGACCAGAUGUACGGCAACGUGGUGGUCACCAACAUUGGUCAGCUGGUGAUCUAUAACGCCCGGCCGGAGGACGCUGGGCUCUAUACCUGCACCGCCCGCAAUGCCGCCGGUCUCCUCCGAGCUGACUUCCCCCUGUCAGUCAUCCAGCGGGAGGCCCCGAGAGGGGUGCCCCCGGCGCCCAGCCCGCCGCCCCCCGCUCCAAGCGAGUGUCUGAAGGAGCCAGACCGUCAAACCUGUCCGGGCACCAGCGGCCGGGUUCGCUGGCACUUUGAUGCCAAAAGGGGCGGGUGUAUCACCUUCCAAGACUACGGCUGUGAUGGGGGAAACGGGAACCGAUUUGAGACGUAUGAGGCUUGCCAGCGCGCCUGUGCCCGGGGUCCCGGGGAUGCCUGCAUCUUGCCUGCGGUGCAAGGCCCCUGCCGGAGCUGGGAGGCUCGCUGGGCCUACAGCCCUCUGCUUAAACAGUGCCAUUCCUUCGUGUAUGGGGGCUGCGAAGGCAACGCCAACAAUUUUGAAAGCCGGGAGAGCUGCGAGGACACGUGCCCGUUCCCUCGCACACUGCCCUGCAAGGCCUGCAGGCUCAAAAGCAAGAUGGCGCUGAGCCUGUGCCGCAGCGACUUUGCCAUCGUGGGGCGACUGACCGAAGUGAUCGAGGAGCCCGACGCUGGCAUAGCCCGAUUUGCCCUGGAGGGCGUGCUCAAGGAUGAUAAGAUGGGCCUCAAGUUCUUCGACACCAAGUAUCUGGAAGUGACGCUGAGCGGCAUAGACUGGGAUUGCCCCUGCCCCAACAUGACCGCCGGGGACGGGCCGCUGGUCAUCAUGGGGGAGGUGCACGACGGCGUGGCCGUGCUCCACCCCAGCAGCUACGUGCGCGCUGCCAGUGACAAGCGGGUGAAGAAGAUCUUAGAGUUGAUCGAGAAGAAGGCCUGUGAGCUGCUCAACCGUUUUCAGGACUAAGCCUGGGCGUCCGCAGGGGCACAGGCGGGACGGGGCUCUGAAGGGGCGGAUCCUGGCCGGAGGGAGCCUCCUGGAGCCCCCUCAGCCUGUACGCUCCAGAGUAGUGAAUAAAAGGUGUUUCCCUCUC